AUUUCCCCCAAACACUACAUAAACCUACCAGUAGUAAUAAUAAUAAUUAUAGCAGUAGUAAUAAUAAUAAUAGUAAUCCUAUGGACCCGGUGCACCGGGUCCACGUGAAGCUCCUCGCGUGCGACCUACUCUCCCUCGUCCCCUCCUCUUCCUCCUCCUCCCUCCUCCGCCCCCGUCCCCGUCCCCGGCCCCCACUCCCCAUCUCCCGCGCCGAAACCCUAGGCGUCGUCGUACUCCGCGAGCGCCGCCCCCUCCUCCUCUCCUUCCUCGUCGACGACGGCUCCGGCUGCGUCCCCUGCGUCCUCUGGCUCAACCACCUCCACCGCCGCCACUUCUCUGCCUCGACCUCGGCGGCGCCGCCCCUCGACGUCGUCCUCGCGGCGGAGGCCGCGGCGGAGCGCGCCGACGCCGUGCGCCUCGGGGCGCUCGUGCGGGUGCGGGGGCGCGUCGGGGUUUAUAGAGGGGCGGUGCAGAUCACGGUCGCGGACGUGGUCGUGGAGAGGGAUCCCAACGCGGAGGUGCUCCACUGGUUAGAUUGUAUCAGGUUGGCCAGGGACUACUACGACGUCGCAUAGUGUCGUCGUCGUCAGAUAAUCUGCUGCAGAAAGGAUUUGUGGGAAGGAUGUGAUACGUUGCUCUCCUUGGCACUAACACUCCAUCAAGUCACAUGUAAAACCGAAGAAACCCUUAAUGGACUAGAUGUCCAUUCUCACGUGGACUGGUUUAUCUGAUCUCUUUCGUACAGUUCAAUGACUGAUGUUUCUCGUGACAGAAAAACUAUUUCAGAAGCCACACAUCAAAACAGGCAUUAAUUUUCAAGCAAGCUGUAUACAGACAUUCACUGGUGACUACCUCAUGUUCUCCCAUUCAUCAAGCUGCUGUACAUGAAGAGAAAGAGAAGGGUUUUAUAAAUGUUAAAUAUUGGAGCAUGUGAGUGCACGUGGAGUAGCAGAGACUCCAAUUAGACAGUGUCGAAAAAGAACCAUCCCCAUGCUUGUGAGCUCCAUCAGCUUCUGAUAUUGGUAUUUUUAUUUCUUUUUUGUUUAUUUUUUAUUUUUUGGAACCUUCAUGCACAUGAGCUCUACCGUUCACUCACGUGUGCAUGCACGUGCUUUGGACUCAAUGUCUAUGCACUCUAUGCUUUAUAUCCCUACAAACACACACACACACACACACACACACACACACACACACACACAGUAUGAUGCAUGUCCUUGAUUUAUUAUUAUAAUGCUUACAUACUAGAAUCAUCUAAACAAUUACUACUGCUCAGAAGGGUUUCCCUGUCCCUGUGUCCCUAUGCAUGUCCAAGUGAGCACAUGAUACUGUGCUAGUAUUGUGGUGUAUAUGAUUACAUGGGUAUAUGAGAGAGAGGGGGGAGAGGAGUCAAAAUGUAUGGAUAGUCCUUGUACUAUUACCGUAUUGCAAUUUGAUUCUUGUGCUUUUUUGCUUAAAUAUUUAUUAGAGUAUGCUUUGUUCUGC